CCUUCCGACUCGCCCCAUCUUUUCUCCUUCCUUCGUGCCACCCAUCAAUCACUUUGUUUGCCUUUUCAUUCCUCACCACUCUCUCACUCUCUUACUCUCUUUGCUUUUUCUUGAUACUUUCUUUCCGCAUCCAACCACUCCAGAUCCUCAUUCCUGCAUUCCAUCUUUGUCCUCGUCAUUUCCGCAUUCGACCAUCUCACCCGAAACGAGCCAACCAAGAGUGCACAAAUCUUUACAACACGACCCGAUAGCCCUCACCGCCACACUCGCUGCUCUGCUGGCGUAGACGUAAGAACCAGAUCAGGUUAUAGGAUAUGUUUGGACUCACCAAGAAAAGAACAAGCCCCCGCGACCCGGACGAAUUCCCCGCUGUGCAACUGUUCCUUCUCGCUCUCGUUCGAGUAGCAGAGCCGAUUGCUCUUACUUCCAUCUUUCCGUAUGCCAUCAAGCUCGUCACCCACUAUGGCAUUCCUCAGUCCCAAGGCCCAUUCUUUGCGGGCAUCCUCAUCUCGGCCUUUUCGCUUGCUGAAGCUUGUACCGGCAUGUACUGGGGAGGUUUGAGCGAUAGACUAGGUCGAAAGCCGAUUCUCAUCGUAGGUUGCUUCGGCACCAUCUCCUCAUUGCUCAUCGUCGGGUUUGCAUCCAGCUUUUGGAUGGCUCUCGCUGGUCGCAUAGUCGGCGGAAUAUUGAAUGGAAAUGUAGGCGUUAUCCAGUCGAUGGUCGGUGAACUGGUCAAGAAUCCUGCCCACGAACCAAAGGCAUAUGCUAUCAUGCCCUUCGUCUGGAGUAUUGGCACUAUCAUCGGACCUUCCAUUGGCGGCUAUUUCGCUGAGCCGACGAACAACUUCCCGUCUUUAUUUUCCUCCUCUGGCGUGUUUGCUCGAUUCCCGUAUCUCCUUCCCAACCUUAUCUGCACUACUCUGCUAGUGGUUGCUGUCAUCGCUGGCUAUUUACUUCUCGAGGAGACGCAUCCGGAUAUGCAACCCUGGAAUACUGAGGCAGACAAUGCAUCCACUGUACAGACGCCGCUGCUUCCUGCCCAAGGUGCAACAGCCAAUGCGCCCGCAAAUCUCACCGCGGAAUGUUAUGGCACGUUCGAUACGGUCGAUAUGCAGCGCGACGAGCUGUGGCGUGUCAAGUCCAACGGCGAGUGGAUCGAAGGCCCUCCUAUCAAUGAUAAGAUCAUCACUAGGACAGUCAUGACAUUUGUCGUAGCACUUGGCAUAUUCACCUACCAUUCGAUGACUUAUGAUCACUUGCUACCGAUUUACUUCCAAGACAGGCGCGCAGACGAGCUUCUCAUCACGAAGAUUUCGCCGGCCUCGUUUGCAGGGGGCUUGGGUAUUCCGCUUCAGGACGUGGGCAUCAUCAUGUCCAUCAAUGGACUGAUCCAGCUAUUUAUCCAGGCCGCAGUGUUCCCUCUCCUGGCCUCGUAUUUUGGGGUCUGGAAACUGUUGGUCUUGGUGACUAUCGGCCAUCCCGUGGCGUAUAUCAUCGUACCCUUCCUUCCUCUCCUUUCGGAAAACCUACUCUACCCAGGGAUCUACGCAUGCCUCACUAUCCGAAGCUUGACGUCCAUUGUCGCCUACCCACUCCUCUUAAUCAUGAUCAAGGAGGCUGCGCCAUCGCCUAACCAGCUUGGAAAGAUCAACGGUCUCGCUGCGAGUACAGGAGCCGCUUGUCGAACAAUGGCUAGUCCUAUCGCCGGUCUGCUUUACGGUCUCUCGAUUGAAUUGCAUUUCACGCCUCUGGCUUGGUGGGCAUCCGCCGUGGUUGCACUUGUGGGCGCUAUGCAGGUUCCGUUCAUGAGCCGUGCAGCUGCCAAUUGCAAUACUCGGGUUCAGACGGCGGCGCGCUGUUGUUUGAGCAAGAGUCGGACGCGGAGGGAGAGUGUGGUGCAUAUCACUGUUGAGGAAGAAGAUGCUUAG